AACGUUGCCAGUCUGUAGUGUUUGACUGCCGCUCAGCAAGCCCAGCUCGAUUAUGUGAGUGUGGAUUCAACCGAAAAUGCCUGUAGUGAUGCAGUGAUCGAGACAGACCAUGCCACGACCGGGACGGAAUACGUACGGCGAUCAAAAACCGCCCUAUUCUUAUAUAUCUUUGACCUUUAUGGCUAUACAAAGCUCUACAGAAAAAAUGCUCACCCUCAAUGACAUCUACAAGUUCAUCAUGGAUAGAUUCCCGUACUACCGCAAGAACACUCAGAGGUGGCAGAACUCUCUAAGGCACAAUCUAUCGUUUAAUGACUGUUUUAUAAAGAUACCACGAAGGCCCGACAGGCCCGGUAAAGGAAGCUACUGGGCCCUACAUCCGGCAUGCGGGGAUAUGUUCGAAAACGGAAGCUUUCUGAGAAGACGCAAGAGGUUCAAGCUACCGAAAUCCAUAAAAGAUGCCACGGCAGCGGCACUUGCCGAACUAAAACACAUCGAGACAGCAUCUCAACACGCCAUACAGGAGCAAGCAAAAUUGAGGUUGACGGCACUAGCAGCGGCACCCAGCCACCUUCAACCUUUGGCGGAUAUCGUAAGGCCCUCGGUGACAUCAUACAAACAGCCUUUUUCUAUCGAGAACCUUAUAGCACCGGACAACAAGGACAGCAUGAGACAUCACCACCACCACCCGCUGGUGCCACAGCCUCUGUUGCCGGCAUUCCCAUGCUCCGUGUCGUGUGUCACGGGCCAAGCAACGUGGCACCCGACUUAUACGACAACCUUCCCACAUUCGGCACUACAACACGAGUUUCAGCACCUCUACGGCAAGCCUGUAGGCUAUCCUCUACAAUUACCAGCGGUACACGGUACCGUACCGCUCACCUUACCGUCAUUACCCAUCAAGCCGACCCUGUUGCCAGCUUUACAGUUCCCUGGACUGACGGACCAUUCUGCAUUAGUUGGUACAAGGACUCUACCGAAUCUUCCACCCUAUCCGGCCUGUUCGCCCCCAAGUAGGGCCGAUUCGACUUCUAGCGACAUCUCAGCCAAGUCUUUGGAUGUUGUAAGCGACUCGAGCAAGUAAAAAUUUUUAAAAAAGGGGACCUACCACAGUAAAUACAUGAGGUAAAGUUAUGGACUAAUCUCUCUAUAGAGCCAGCAUGUAAACCUAGUAUAUAUAUAUAUAUAUAAAUAUAUAGGCUUAGCUACGUGUGUAGUGUAGCCUGCGCACAAAACCCGCUGUUUAGUGUAGCCUUUGUGAGAAAAAAAGAAAAAAAAAAACAAUUUAAAAAUAAUAAAAAAAAAGGGGUUCUUGUGUUUGUGUUCUGUUCAACAAUACCAGAAAAUUGAAAGAAUAAGGCGUUAAAAACGCUUAUUUUGGGAUGGGAACAGUUCCUUAAGGCUAGAAAACACAGCUUAUAUAUAUAUAUACACAUAUAUGUAUAUGUAUAUAUAUAAACUGAGCCUGAGCCUGAGCCUCUACAGUAGUUCCUGGAGUUCUUCAGUGGGUUUUACUUUGUGUAUGGGAGAUGUUUGUAUGAUGUAGUG